AUGACAACGACGUCGACAACCAGCACGGCCUUGGAGCUGGGCAACAACCAUCGUAAUGAGCAACAGCAACGGACAACCACCACCAACACAAUCCAGCUCCGCGGCGCAUUGGCAGCCCCGGACUCGUCCGACAGCGACCUGGACCCCAUCCUCGAAGCCUCCCGCAUCGCCGACAGCACCGUCCCCGACGGCGGCCACGGCUGGGUCGUCAUCUGCGCCUGCGCCGUCGUCUCUUUUUGGCUGACGGGCGUCAACUACAGCUGGGGCGUGAUGCAGUCCGCCCUCGUCGACGACGCGGGGCUCGGCUCCCCCUCCGCGCUCUCCUUUGCCGGCUCCAUCCCCGCGACGCUCAUCAGCGUCAUGGCCAUGCCCAACGCGCGCAUCGUGCGCCGCCUCGGCGCGCGCUGGACCGCCGUCGCGGGCAUCUCCGUCAUUGGCCUCGCCCAGAUCCUCAGCGGCUUCUGCGUCACCGCCGCCAGCCUGCCGGGCCUGUACGUGACGGCCGGCGUCAUGCUCGGCGUCGGCAUGAGCCUUUGCUUCACCGUGUGCUCCGUCACGCCCGCGCAGUGGUUCAAGCGCCGCAGGGGGCUCGCCAACGGGCUCGUCUUUGCGGGCGGCGGGCUCGGCGGCGCCAUCAUCACCAUUGUCGAGGGCCUCUUGAUUCAGCGCUUCGGCGCCGCCUGGGCCUACCGCGUCAUGGGGCUCGCGACGCUGGCGACGGGACUGCCGGCCGCGGUUUUCAUAAAGGAGCGCAGCGCCGUCGCCGUGGUCGGCACGAUUGAGUGGCGGCUCUUUAGAGAUGUCCGCUUCAGCCUCAUGUUUGUCGCCGGCGCCAUCGCCACGUUUCCGCUGCUCGUGCCGGCCUUUUUCCUGCCGCUUUACAGCAGCUCGCUGGGCCUGUCUGCCGGCACCGGCGCUGCUCUUCUUGCCGGCUUUAAUUUUUCCUCUGCGGUCGGACGCAUUCUGUGCGGCCUUCUCUCCGACAAAGCCGGGCCCAUCAACACCAUGUUUGGCUGUCUGCUGGUCAGCUCCCUAGGCAUGUUGGUCUUGUGGCCAACCUCGACUACCGUGGGGCCGCUGGCCGUGUUUGCCGUUUUGAACGGCGCUGCCAAUGGUGGCUUCUUUUCCACCAUACCGACGGUAGUGGGCAACGUCUUUGGCUCUGCGCGAGUGGUUGUCGCCUUGGGCAUGAUAGUCACCGGAUGGGCUGGAGGUUAUCUCAUGGGUGCUCCAAUCGCUGGUUAUAUUCUGGAUGCGUAUGGCGGCCAGGAGGGCGGCUUACACGCAUAUCGUCCAGCCAUGUUUUAUGCCGGCUCCCUUGCAUUUGCGGCUGCCGUCUUGGUAGCUGCCAUGCGACUCCGAAUGAACGUGCCUCUGCUAGGCAAAGUUUAA